GUGAGUCGAGGCAGGAGAUUACGAAGUCUGAGUACAUUAAAUGUUUGUGUGGCUUCCAACCAAGAUAGACGGAAAUAUACGAACUGAAGAUCAUCCGUAUAUAAUGUGGGAUUUGUUUGAAUUCAGCCCGACUACAGUUUUAGUUCUUGGCGUUGUUCUAGCUGCAUUAUGGCUGUUAACGCAGCGUCCCGCGGGCCUUCCCCCCGGCCCCCCUCUUCUCCCUGUUUUCGGGAACGCCCUAUCUAUGGGCGCGGACCCCCGGGUUAUGUUUAAUAACCUGCGACAAACCUACGGCGACAUUUUCAGUGUUUAUGUCUUUCACAAACCUAUCAUCGUCCUCAACGGCUACAGCGUUCUGAAAGACGCGAUCGUCAAGAACUCCGACGUCUUUUCAGACAGACCGCACUCACUACUGAAUAACUUCAUAUUAAGGAGAAAAGGUGUGGUUGCAAGCUCGGGUGAUCUUUGGCGCGAACAGAGACGGUUUGCACUCUGCACUCUCAGAGAAUUUGGGGUGGGCAGAUCCAUGAUGGAAGACAAAAUACACGACGAAGUCUCGCAGUUUCUCGCAGCAAUGGAGAUGGAGAAGAGCGAAGGGUUUGACUGCACGCGACUUGUGCAUAAUGCAGCGUGCAACGUCAUCUGCUCCACUGCAUUUGGGAGGCGUUUUGAGUACUCGGAUCCUCUCUUCAGAAACUUUCUCAAAGCAAUAGAGGAAUGUUUUGAAACUACGGGAGCAUCUUGUCUUUUGAACAUUUUACCAAUGUUGCGCUUCCUGCCUGGUGAUCUGUUUGGAUUUAAGAGAACCAUGGACAACGUCAGAAUGAUUGAGUCACUCUUCAUACAGCCUAUGAUAGAGGAACACUUAAACACACACGACGACAACAAGGUCGACAACUUCAUCUACGCAUACAUCAAGGAAAUGCGACAUCGCCAAAAACAGCAGGAAAGCACAAGUUUGAACUUGGAAAACUUACGCACAGUUAUCACUGACCUGUUUGUUGCCGGGUCAGAAUCUAUUGCCACGACGAUACGCUGGGCACUGGUCUACUUCCUGAAGUACCCGGAUGUUCAGGAGAAGUGCUUUCAAGAAAUCCAGGAGAAUAUCGGCCAGAGCAGACAACCCUCCAUGAAAGACAAGACGAACCUUCCCUACGUGGAGGCCACCAUUAUGGAAGUGUUGAGACACGCUGACAUUGCCCCCGUCAGUGCCCUGCACACUGUUCCCCAUGAUGUCCACUUCAGGGGAUUCAACUUCCCCAAAGGCGUCCCAGUUGCAUUGAUGCUUGAUUCAGUCCUUCAAGACCCGGAUGUAUGGGGAGAUCCAGAUCGUUUCCGCCCUGACCGUUUCCUUGACGACACAGGCAAAAUCCAAAAGAAAGACGAGUUCAUCCCAUUUUCUCUUGGUCGAAGAGUUUGUCUUGGUGAGGCGAUGGCCCGGAUGGAGCUCUUUCUCUUCCUCACCACCAUGCUUCAGAGGUUCCAGUUCGUCCCGGUGAAUGGGCAGAUGCCAUCCCUACAGGGAAAUAUAGGGUUAACGCACUGCCCGAAACCAUUCCUGAUAAAAUCCAUUCCAAGGGUUCAAUCUUUAUACAGUCAAAAGAGUAACAAGUGACAAAAUAUGUAAAUGAGUUAAACUCAGCGACACUUCCACGUGCACAUGAUGUGGCGCAUUGCAAAUUCUGCAAUCGACCGAAAACUGCACGACAGUUUACGAACCGGAUUUCGAUUUCGGUGCGCGAUUUUGAUUGGACUAUGCAUAGACUAGUUAGUCCAGCCAAAAUGUGGCGCAUGACUUGCAAACAUCUGACACGCGUGUAUGAAUCACAAUCAAAUGGUGUUCGCGAAUAGAUGAGCGUAUCCUACCCGACUCGUGGCACCCUCACAAACACAUGCAAAAAACAUGUUCACCUGUCCAUUAAUCCUGAACGUAUACAUAGUAUAGCAAUCGUAUAAGAUUAGUGUUAGUCUCCAGCAAACUUAUACUUCACUUCAAUGACAGGUUACUCUCUUAGCAAACCAUUUUCUAUCAAACAAAUAAAGCAACGAAACCCUUUCCAUGUCCAACAGAAAUCUCUGCAUAAAGCAGAGUCGAUAGUACGAUUCCGACUAUAUCAUGAGCAUGUGUUUAUGAAUCACUAUCAAAUAGUAAUGAUACCAGGUGUUCG